AACAUAAAAUAUUAUUUGUCAAAACAGAUGUUUAAUAAUGUUACUAGUACUGCUAAUACUUCAUCCACACAUUUAAAAGCGUCAGCAAAUAGCAAUAAUUGUUGGAAAAAUGGGUUGAUUAAAUCUUUAUCUGAUAAAAAGUUUAUUAUUGAAGAGACUGAUAAUUUAUUUGUUUUAAAAGAUAAAUUUCCCAAAGCUAAGCAUCAUUACCUAGUUGUAUCAAAGUAUAUACCAUCAAUUGAAGCUUUAACUUUAAAGGAUAUAGAAUUAGUGAAGCAUAUGAUAUAUGUAGGAGAAGCCCUAAUUAAAAAGAAUAAAAAAGAAAGUUGUGAGUUUCAAACAGGUUUUCAUGCUAUCCCAAGUAUGAAUAUGCUGCAUAUGCAUGUUAUUAGUUGUGAUUUUGAAUCAAUUUAUAUGAAAAAUAAAAAACAUUGGAAUUCAUUUACAACAGAGUUUUUUAGACCAGCUUGUGAAAUACUCAAGGAACUAAGCAUAGCAGGAAAAAUCAUAAUUAACAAGCUGCAUUAUGAAAGUUUUUUAUCUUAUCCAUUAAAGUGCCACAAGUGUAAUGAAAGACCUAGUAAUAUGCCAAAAUUAAAAACUCACAUCAAGGACCAUACAAAUAUAUAGUGUUGUAAAUAUAAACUUAUUUUUAUAAGAUUUAUUGUUUAAAAUUUA